UAGUAAACAGAGAAGUGGGUACUAAGUUCAGCUGUGGAUUGAGUAUGAGGACAGAAAUCCAGCUUUAAUCAGAUUGAAAUGAGCAGAGGUGCUUAUGCAUUUUCUACUGAAUCCAUUCUUCUCCUUCAUCCUUUGGAAUAACAGAGAGAAACAUCAUUCUGCGAAGGACUCCCUCAGGUUCACACAGCUUCCAAAGGAGUCCAUGACACAGGUCUGGGGUUCAAAUGAUGGUUCUCCUGCCCCUGCUCAGUCUCUUGCUCCUAGAGUGGGCACUCAUUGGAUCUUGCUCAGAAAAAGGGGGAAAUGAUGAGCAGCCAUCGACUUACUCAGACACUUACUAUCAUGGUCCUUGGAUUGCUGGACGGCCUGGGAGAGAUGGACGAGAUGGGAGAGAUGGAGCCAAGGGUGAAAAGGGAGACCCAGGCGAAGUGCUCAAUGGCAUGCAGGGAUGUCCAGCAAAUGUGGGGCAUUCAGGAAGCCCAGGGCCACAAGGACCUCCAGGAAUUAAAGGCAUGAAAGGAGAACCAGGUGGAAUACAUCCUACUCUAAUUGAUGAGCUCCUUAACAUGACCUCAUAUUUAGAAGCUCGCCUCCUAAAGUUGUCAAAAGCCCUCACUUUAUAUGGAAGCAUGGCUGAACUGGGAGGAAAGUUUUAUGUCACCACUGGCCAGCCUUCUGAUUUCUUCAUGAUCAAUAAAACUUGCCAGGAGAUAGGAGGUGCUGUUGCCACUCCAAAGAAUAAAGAGGAGAAUGCAGCCAUCAUGAAGCUGGUGGUGAGACACAACACAUAUGCCUUCCUUGGCCUAAAAGAGGGAAUAAUAGGGAAAUUCUAUUACCUGGAUGAAUCCCCUGUAAAGUACACCAAUUGGUAUUCAGGGAGGCCAGAUGGGCAAGGACAAGAAAAUUGUGUGGAAAUGUACACAGAUGGCACAUGGAAUGAUAGAGACUGUUCUAAGCAUCGCCUGGGUAUCUGUGAGUUCUGAGCCCCCACCAGGGCUGGCCUGUCUGGGAAAGGGUAAAGGACCUACUAAUGAAUUUAGUGAAUUAUUUUGCUCAAGACUUGGUGACCCAAAGGAGUUAAAAUCCUCUGCCUCUCAGGAAGGAGUCUAUGAGAAGGAGGUUUUAAUGAAUUCUAUUUGUAGCUCAUAAAACAAGAUGAAAAUGGGUUCUUUUGUCCCUUGCCAGGAAUCCCCAGCUCUCUUUAUCCCCUUUUUACACUCUAACCAAGUCCUACCCAGCCUUCAGAACUUAGCUGAAUGUGCUACCUUUUUUCCCAUAUGGCCAUGCCCGGUUCUGCCAUUCUACAGUAAUCUUUGCUUUGGAGCCCUUGCACAUUUGUACCACCCAAUUCAAUUGCAUGCUCAAGUUGCUUAAUGUUUUAAGUGGGUAUGUCUAUAGCUCCAGCUUGAGAUAAACCUCCUGAAGAGCUAGGAAUUUGUCUUCCCCUCCUUCAUUCUUCACAGUACCUAGGAGAUGGCUGGGCAGAUAGAAGACACUGAAUAAUUGAAUCAAAAUAAAAUCAUUUUUAUUGAAUUGAA